AUGUCUGUUGCUACACAAAAUCCUGAACAAAAUUCACAAGCUAAAGUAGCUCAAACUGGUGCUUCUGGAAAUGGAACAGCUAAUGGAGCUGUUGCUGGCACUAAUAACAAUACUUCUAAUGGUACCACCGGACAACGUUCUUACCAAUCCGCUUCCCUUUACGUUGGAGAUCUUCAUCCUGAUGUUUCUGAAUCUGUACUUUUUUCACAAUUCAGUACAGCUGGAACUGUUAUCUCAAUUCGUGUUUGCCGUGACACUGUAACCCGUAAUUCUCUUGGAUACGCUUAUGUUAAUUUUGAAAAAGUUGAAGAUGCUGAAAUGGCUUUGGAUACUAUGAAUUUUGAACCACUUAUGGGAAGACCAAUGAGAAUUAUGUGGUCUCAACGUGAUCCAUCUCUUCGUCGCUCAGGUGCUGGAAAUGUUUUCAUUAAAAACAUGGAUAAAUCAAUUGAUACUAAAUCUAUUUAUGAUACAUUCUCAAUGUUUGGAAACAUUCUUUCCUGUAAGGUUGCUACUGACGAGAAUGGAGUUUCUUUGGGAUAUGGAUUCAUUCAUUUUGAAACCGAAGAAUCUGCUCAAAAGGCUAUUGAUCGUGUCAAUGGUAUGCUUUUGGACGGAAAAAAGGUUUACGUUGGAAAAUUUAUUCAACGUGAUCUUCGCAAAAAGGAGAACUCUUCUGAUCAGAAGAAUUUUACUAAUGUUUAUGUCAAGAAUUUUGAUGACAAGAUCGAUGAUGAUACAUUAAGUAAAAUGUUCUCCAAGUACGGCGAAAUUACUUCAGCUGUCGUAAUGAAGACCGACGACGGAAAAUCCAAAGGGUUUGGUUUUGUUUGUUUCAAGGAUGCUGAAUCUGCUUCAAAAGCUGUUGCUGAAAUGAAUGAUACUGUUGUUCCUAACUCUGACAAAAGACUUUAUGUCGGAUGUGCUCAGAAGAAAAAUGACAGAUUACAUGAAUUAAAACAAAAGCAUGAAAUACAAAAAAGAGAACGUCUUGCUAAGUUUGAAGGUGUUAAUUUAUACGUCAAAAACUUAGAUGACACUGUCACUGAUGAACAACUUCGUCAACAAUUUGAAGGAUUCGGUACUAUUACCUCUGCUAAGAUCAUGAGAGAUGAACAAGAUCGUUCCAAAGGAUUUGGUUUUGUUUGCUACGAGUCUCGCUCUGAUGCCACAAAAGCAGUUACUGAAAUGAACGGUAAAAUGUUUGGAACUAAACCACUUUAUGUUGCUCUUGCUCAAAGAAAAGAAGAGAGAAAGGCUCAGUUGGCUACUCAGUACUUAAGAACAUUCCCUUACAAUAGGAUGAAUGCUCAGAUUCCACCAGUUUAUAGUAAUCAUCAUCCUGGAGGUUUCUAUCUUAAUGCUCCAAUGCAAAAUGGACGUGGACACUUUGGACCAUCAGGAGUUAAUGCUGGACAAGUUAGAAAUAAUGCUCCAAGAUGGAAUAACUAUCAAAAUGCUGGAGGAUUUAAUGGGAAUCCACAAAAUUAUCCAAUGCAAGGUAAUUAUCAAAAUCAAAAUGUAAGAGGAAAUCGUCCACAAGGUGGAGGACAAAAUGCACCACGUCAAUACAAUCAACGUAUGCCAAGAUCCAAUAUGCCACAACAGCCUAUGGUUCGUGGAACUGCAGUUAAUCCUCCAAUGCAAGGAAAACAAAAUAUGCAUCCAAAUUAUUAUGGUAUGCAACAACGUCCAGCCAACCAACCAAUGGGACAGAUGCAACAAGAAAUUUAUCAAAGUGGUCCUCAAGAACCAUUAACUGCUUAUACUUUAUCUAAAGCUUCUGUUCAAGAACAAAAACAAAUGAUCGGAGAAAGAAUCUAUCCUUUAGUUGCUAAGAAUUGCAAAGAUUCAGAUGUUGGAAAAAUUACAGGAAUGAUGUUAGAAAUGGACAACUCUGAAUUGUUAAUGAUGUUGGAUAAUGAAGAACUUCUCCAAUCUAAAGUAGCUGAAGCUGCUAAUGUUCUCAAUAAUGCUGCUAAGGCUGGAAAUCACUAA